CUGGAACCACGGCCCUGGCGUGGCAUGGGGGCCCCGGGCCGCCUAAGGGCUCCCGGGGGGCGGGGCCCCGAGAAUUCUCGGGCGGCUCCAGAGGCCGCCAGGAAAGGCUCGAGACCAUUCCGUCACCCUUUUGGCUCAAAGUCAAGCCCGAAACCGUCUGAGCAUAGUCGAUCCGUCGGGACAGCCCCUCUCUUACAUUACAUCCCCUCGACUUUAGAUUCCACGCAUCAUUCUCUGACUCCUUUGUGCGCAGCGAAGUUGGCCAUGUUGCAAACCCUCGUCGCGUUCCUAUUCAUUUCGAGCGCUAGUUGUCUUCUGCGUGGCCGUCAGCGCGAGCGUGCCACGAAUCAUACCCUCCAGGAGUGCAAAUGGAAGACCCAACAGUGGAUCACAGAGGUCGACCGUCGACGCCUCAAAGGGCCAGUUUUCUUUUUUCAUGUCAACCAUCACAACGGAAGGAAUAUUGCAGAACAUGCUCGAGUACUAGGGGGAUACCAUGUAAGAUUUUUCGGACGAUGGGGUGAUGUUGAUUCUUUUAAGAGUGGGGUACGGACACAGUUACCCGAAGGAUAUGACAUGUUUCAGGACAAAUCUUGGACUGACCUCGAGGACUCUUUCGACGGGCACACUUUGGACGACCUUAACUGCGGCGGGACCAGAACGCCCCGGAUUUUUGUCACGUCCGCAAGACACCCUGUUGAAAAUUUGCUUACUCGCGAAGCUUAUAACCAAGCAAACAUCCAUGAGUUCGGUCUGAUGCAGUCUUGCGAAUCUGAUAACAUUGCACUCCGAGUAUUCGCAGGGAAGAUUUGCCACAGCGAGUUUGCGAAAUCAUGCCCGAAGCUGACGCGUGCCGACCUGGAAAUUGCCAAGGCCCGCGUGCGAAAAAUGGAUGCCAUUUUCAUCCUCGAACACUGGCCUUCCACGAUUAAGCUUGCAUGUUCGCGUCUUGGGUGGAGUAAUUGCCAAACAAACGGGCUCGACAUUCAAUUUAAUGAGACGUAUGCUUCCGAUAUUUUGGACCAACUCGAUGAGGAGUCCUGGAAGCAGCUCUUCAAGCGGAACGAGCUGGGCAUUGAGUUCUACGAGUAUAUGAAGCAGCUGUCCUUCGAUAUGCUUAAGGAGGAUGGGCUUCAUGCGCCGACGGAACAUGAGCAGAAACACGCCUUACCAGUGUUAAAGAGCUUGCAGGAUGCAAAGGCGCUCGCAGUGCCUUCUCACAAGUGGAGGAACCUGAGCGCGAACAGGGUCUCCAGAAGUCUGACGCGCUGGCAAUGCUGAGUGCUGGUUUCCGUUCAAUCAAUUUUUCAAUGCGAAGCAUUCGUUAUAAUUAUAAUAUGUUUGGUUACGGCAGUUGAUGUUAAGCACACUCGCGCCUAGGCGUGUCAGAUUGCUGGGCCGUCUUGCAGGUGAGCUCCGCUUGCGGACAGCUCAGCAUUUUAUAUCAGAAGCUGGUGUCUCGUGAUCCUCUCUGUUCCGCCCUCCUCUCUCGUAUCCCUUUUGAUUUUUCAAGGAGGUCUGCAGGUGCUGACCGUUUUGCAGGUGCUGCGCAGGAGAAGCAACACAAAACGAG